AUGCAGUUGACAAGAAGUGUUCCUUUAUUGUUGUUCUUGUUUUGCCUAGUAAUUAAACCGUGUAUAUCUCAAUCAACCACCACAAACACCACCGCCGGUGAUGCUACCACCAUCACAAAAGCCGCCAACAUAAGCAAGCCCGGGUGCCAAAGCCAAUGUGGAAAUGUAACCAUUCCAUACCCCUUUGGUAUCGGUCCAGGCUGCUUUCUGAGCCGCUGGUUCGAAUUAACCUGCAACACUACUUUUAAUCCUCCCAAACCCUUCAUCGGCGGUCUAACAAUUCUUGAUAUCUCCGACUCUACUUUCCGAGUCGCUAACAAAGUGGCAAGCAGGUGUUAUGAUCAAUUUGGAAACAUCACCGAGGACGAAUCCAUCUCCACCAAUAUCGGCUGGACAUCACCCUUUACGUUUUCAGAACGAAAUCAAUUCACUUUAAUUGGAUGCGACGACUUGGCGGUGUUUCAGGGCCCUCUACAAGCAAACUUCACCAGCGGCUGUAUCGCGUUGUGUACACAACCUGAUCAAGUCUCGAACGGGUCAUGUGCUGGUGUAGGGUGCUGUCAGGAUACAGAUGUAGUUGCAAUCAAGGUUAUCAGGGUCAACCAUAUCUUGAUCCAGGCUGCCAAGAUAUCAAUGAAUGUGAAGAUCCCAACAGUAAUCUAUGCGAGGGGAUCUGCACCAACACUCCUGGAGGUUACUCGUGUUCUUGCGCAGAUGGCUACGUUGGAGAUGGAUUUCGCAACGGUCGAGGUUGUGUUGCUGAAACAUCGGAGUUCCCAGUUAUCAAAAUUCUCUCUAGGUAUGGGAUUUGGUUUUUUGGCCAUUUUAGUUGGAAUUACAUGGCUGUAUUUUGGCGUCAAGAAGAGGAACCUUAUCAAACUUCGGAAGAAACUAUUUCAGCAAAACGGUGGUUUACUACUGAAACAACGAAUCAUGAGCAGCGAAGGUAGCGUUGAUUCAACAAAAGUCUUCACCGCAGAAGACUUAGAAAAAGCCACCAACAACUACGCUGAAGACAGGAUCUUGGGUCGUGGUGGCUACGGAAUUGUAUACAAAGGCAUUUUUAGCAACAACCAGGUCGUUGCUAUCAAGAAGUCUCGUGUAAUGGACGAAACCCAACUCGAACAGUUCAUCAAUGAAGUCGUUAUCUUAACACAAGUUAACCAUCGAAACGUGGUCAAGCUCUUGGGUUGUUGCUUAGAGAGCGAGGACCCGUUGCUAGUUUAUGAAUAUGUUUCAAAUGGAACUCUCUUCAAUCAUAUUCAUGACAAAGGUAAAAAUUGGUUAUCACUGGAGAAUCGUUUAAGAGUAGCUGCAGAAUCCGCGGGUGCACUUUCGUAUCUUCAUUCAGCCACAUCAACCCCUGUGAUCCAUAGAGACGUGAAGUCCGCAAACAUAUUAUUAGACGAAAAUUACACCACAAAAAUCGCGGAUUUUGGAGCAUCAAGAUUAGUCCCCAUAGAUCAAACACAAGUUACAACACUAGUUCAAGGGACUUUAGGGUACUUGGAUCCUGAAUACUUCCACACAAGUCAAUUAACUGAAAAGAGCGAUGUUUAUAGCUUUGGCGUUGUGUUAGCUGAGCUUUUAACGGGGAGAAAACCGUUAUGUAUGGAAAGAACCGAGGAAGAAAGGAAUUUGACGACGUAUUUUGUAAUGGCGCUAAAAGAAAACCGUUUGUUUCAAAUUCUUGAUCCUAGAGUUGUAAGGGAAGGAAGCCUAGAUCAACUUCAGGAAAUUGGUGAGCUUGUGAAAAGAUGUGUUAAGCUUACUAGUGAUGAGCGACCUACGAUGAAAGAAGUUGCCACUCAACUUGAAGGUUUGCGGAAGUUUACUCAGCAUCCAUGGGCGAAUCAAGAAAGGGAUGAAGAAAUCACGAGCUUGAUAUAUACCGAGAAUGAACAAGAGGAUCUUUAUGGUGUGUCGAUUAAUCCGUAUUCUAGUACAGUCACAUCAAGACAAGGUCUACGUCAUGCCGUGAGGAGGCGCUACACCCUUCGUUCCAUGAGAUUUAAGAGUUCCAACCUUAAAGGUUGUGUUUUAUGCUUUCUGGACCAAUUGUGGAAAGAAGAUGAGAAGUUUAUCUUGGCAUUUGGCCCAUACAUGAGUUUAAGAGCUUUUUAG